CUCGUCUCUCUCCCUCUCAAGUCAUUUCUUCUAUCCUCUUCUCAAAAUCCUCUUUCAUCUCUCUCUCUCUCUCUCUCAAACCCUUAUUUCUUCUGUUUACUUUUCUAAUUUCCUGUAAGAAAAUCUCAUCGCGACGAACGGCCAUGGGUACGGAAGAGCGGACGAAGGAGACGGAGGUCGAACCUAUCUACAAGACGAAGGUCGUGCAGUUCCUCGGUCGCUCCGUUCCCAUCAUUCUCCAGAACGAUAACGGCCCUUGUCCUCUCAUCGCCAUCAGCAAUGUUCUUCUUCUGAGAAAUCACCUGAACCUCAGCUUGGACACGUCUGAAGUUUCGCUGCAGAAAUUGCUCUCACUUGUCGCGGAAAGACUAAUAGAUUCUAACAGUAAUGUCCAGGACAAAGAUGCCGGGUACGUGCAAAACCAGCAACAGAACAUUGGGGAUGCAAUCGACCUUCUCCCUCGUCUUGCGACUGGGAUUGACGUAAACCUUCAUUUCAGGAAAAUAGAUGAUUUUGAGUUCACACCGGAGCGGGCCAUAUUUGAUCUCCUGGGCAUUGAAUUGUAUCAUGGUUGGAUAGUCGAUCCCCAGGAUAAUGAUACUUUAGAUGCAAUUGGGUCGAAGUCCUACAAUACUCUUACUGGGGAGCUUGCUGCUCUUGACACAAGGAAUACAGAGGGAGAAGGCAAGCACAUCCAUGAAGAAGAGACUGUUGAUUUUGCAGCUGCAACAACUGCAGCUCUAGGUGUUCCUUCUCCAUGCCUUUCAAGAGGUAGGUCUUUUGACGAUUCUCCAGUAUCAGUUGCUAGUGAUCAAACAGUAAGAAAGGGGGACAAAGAGGAAGAAGAGGAAUUGAGGAGAGCCUUGCGAUAUUCAAUAGCUGAUGUUCCACCUUCGCCACCAUCUGAUAAUUUACCCGACCCGAAUUGGAGUGCUUUAUCUACGAAUCCAGAAGAAAGCAUGUGUUUAAAGGUUUCCGAUUCUGGAGUUCUUGCAGAGAAUUUUGAGCACCCCACUCUCAAUGAAUUUCAAAGAUUCACUCCGCCAGAUAUCAAUGUGUUACAUCAUUCUAAUGCGUGUAGUAAUAGUGAUAGUGAUGGGCUAUCCUCAGCAGUUAUUUCCACUGAAACUGCUGUGUCCCUUUCCAAGAUUGCCCAGUCAAAGUCUUCUGAAUCUGCAGAUUGUUUCGUUUCUAGUGAUAAGGCAGAGAACAUAAGAACUGAUGUGUUGGCCCAGAAUCAAACUGAAGCUUUUCUUUUUCCGGAUAGAGAUGGUUCUGUUGCAAGCUACACUUUCAAAGACCACUUGCAUGGUCCGGAAGGGGAUCAAACAAUGGUGCAUACGUGCCCAAAUGAGACUUCUCUGUCCCUCGAUCACCUUAAGCUCAAUGCUAAUCAGAGCAAUUGCGAGUCAACAGUUCCUCAUGAUCCAGCUGCACAGAAUGCAGAUUCUGAUUCCUCUGAUGGUGGAGCACUGCAUGUAGAUGUCUCUGAGGGUGGUGCUUCAAGCCUGGAUGGCAGUGAGCCCAUAUAUGAAGGAGAGGAGCGGAUUCUUGACUCGGGACAUUCAAUUUAUGAAAACCGAGAGCCUAUGUAUGAAGGUGAGAUGGUUCUUGCAGAGCAAGCUGAUAGAGGGGCACAAGGUGAUGCCUGUAGUGCAUAUCCCAAGGAUGAAGUUAAUCAGCAAAAGGGGAAGGGCCUGCUUAGCAUCAACGCAGAACAAGGGGAAUCGAUCCGGAACUUCUUGAAAAACAAUGCUAGCCAAUUGACCAUAUAUGGCCUAUUUUGCCUACAAGAAGGUCUGAAAGAACGUGAGCUUUGCGUGUUUUUCCGUAACAAUCACUUCAGCACUAUGUUUAAGUAUCAUGAGGAACUUUAUCUCUUAGCUACCGACCAAGGUUACAUUAACCAGCCUGAUUUGGUAUGGGAAAAGUUAAAUGAGGUCAAUGGAGAUUCGGUGUUUAUGACUGGUAACUUCAAGGAAUUUAAGGCAGAAAACCAAGCAAAUGAUUCAUGGGACGAGCACAAUGCCAUGACCAGUACAGCUGACUAUCUUGCUAGCAUUGACAAUUCAGCACCUGAGGGUUCGACUUUAAAUUCUGAUCUGCAACUGGCAAUAGCCCUACAGCAACAGGAGUUUGAGAACCAGCCUCAACGUCAAACUCCACAUCCAGUGCAACAGCCACAUGUCACUGGCCCUUCGAGGCUUGUCACAGGUCCACAGGGGCCAAGGAGCAGCAAUAGCUCUUCAUCGAAGCCGGAAUCCAAAACUAAAGACAAGUGUGCUGUAAUGUAGAGAAAGCAUUUGUAUAUGAUGUAUUUCCCUCCCUUUUUUGGCCAAUUUGUUGUAAUACAUGAAAAGAACAGCACCUAAGCAAUCAUCAUUUGUGUGAA